UUGAUAUAGGGGGAUGUGAUUGAUUGGGAACAUCAUGUCGGAAUUCUUGGAUUCUUCUGAUUCUCAGGAAGAGGAAAAUGGAUCGAAUGUGACGAUCCAAGAAUCCACGGAAAUCGGCGAAUUGAAAUUGCAUGAUUUCGCUAGAGUCAUUUGCAAGGAAAUUAUUGAUCAGGCGAUUCGUGAGGGUUAUUGGAAAUUCAUGGAGGAAACCAGUUAUUCUUAUGUUGUACACUGCAGCUAUUUAGCUUGGGCUGAAUUAUUUGAGAAAAUUCAGUCCUCCGAUAGCUUCAGAUCGGAAGAACAAUUGUCUCUGGAACCCGAGAAAUGUGACCGCUGUAUAUGUGGAAAUAAAUCUCCAAAUAAAGAAAACCGGAGGAAUUAGGGGGAUUUUUUUAAUUAAUAAUCAUUGUUGAGAAAUCAGCAAUGGAUUAUCUACUACUCUAUUUAAAUAAAAUCUAAAAAAACUUAUCAAGUAUGUUUAUAACUUCGAAAAUUGUAUUGCUGUAUAAUGUCUUGAUUGUUUAAUGAAAACUUUAAUUUAAGGUUGUUGUCGCGCAGAAUUUUUUUUCGACAGUUUUCGUUUAAACCUUUAUGGUGAAUAGGUUGAAAAAAUAGCUCCAAAAUGA